AUGGUGCCUGUGAGGGUGCUGGGGGUUCUGCUGUGGGUGCAGCUCAGUGGCUCCCAUGAGCUGCGCCUCGUGGGUGGUGAUGGGCGCUGUGCCGGGAGGGUGGAGGUGAAGCAUGAGGGUGAAUGGGGCUCCGUUUGCAGCUAUGAGUUCGACUGGGGUGCCCAUUGGGCCACCGUGGUGUGCCGGCAGCUCGGCUGCGGCACCGCGGCCACGUCGUCCCCGUACGCUCCCUUCGGGCAGGGCACCGGCCGCAUCUGGCUCCACAUCUACUUCUGCCGCGGCAAAGAGGAGAUGCUGCAGGAUUGUUCCCAUCUCGGAUGGGGCCAACACUACUGCGGCCACGAGCAGGACGUGGGGGUGACCUGCACAGACGCGUUGGAGCUGAGGCUGGUGGAAGGCAGCGGUCCCUGUGCCGGGAAGGUGGAGGUGAAGCUCCGGGGACUGUGGGGCGUGGUGGAGGAUGACACAUGGACCAUGGAGGAUGCAGAGGUGAUUUGCCAGCAGCUGGGCUGCGGCUCGGCCACCAAAGCCUACAUUGGGAGCAGCUACGAGGGCAGCGAUGACAGACCCGUCAACAUGGUGAUGGUGAACUGCCGUGGGCAUGAGAAGGCGUUUUGGGAGUGCAAGGUGGGGGACUGGGGGCCCUACAGCACCAGCCAUUACCUUGACAUCGGCGUCGUCUGCCAAGGGUUCUCCCGGCUGGUCGGUGGUGACGGCAGAUGCUCGGGGCUGCUGGAGGUGCGGCAGGGCCGAGCCUGGGCCGGUGUCUGUGAGGAUGCUGUGGACCUGAACACUGCUCGGGUCGUGUGCCGGGAGCUGGGCUGCGGUUCGGUGCUGACUGUGGCCGGGCCAGGGCUGUUCCCUAUGGGAUCCGAGCCACGAUGGGACACGGGAUUCGAGUGCACCGGCACCGAGCUCCUCCUCAGCGCCUGCAAGCGACGGGCACGGAGCACCCAGGGCUGCAGGAGCCAGGCCAGCAUCAUCUGCUCCUCCUACGACGGCUUCCGACUGGUGAACCACAGCUCACACUGCGCCGGGCGGGUGGAGGUGAUGGAGGGGGGGACGUGGGGGUCCCUGUGUGCCAGCGCCUGGGACCUGCCCGAUGCCCACGUCCUCUGCCAUCACCUCGGCUGCGGCUCUGCCAGCUCCGUGCCCCCGGGAGGCUCCUUCGGCAGCGGCAAUGGGACCCUACGGGUGGAUGCCUUCGGAUGCAGCGGCACCGAGCGGGUCCCCAGUGAGUGCCCCGUGGUGGGGCUGGGGGAGCCGAGCUGCCCCCCAGGGCAUGCGGCUGCCGUCGAGUGCUCAGGCGUUACCGACUCCCUGCGGCUGCUGGAGGGUCAGACCCGGUGCGAUGGGCGGCUGGAGGUGACCACGAGCCCCGGCGCUUGGGCCGCUGUGUCCGCGGGGCUGCGGGACCCCCAGACCGGCUCCGUGGCCUGCAGGGAGCUGGGCUGCGGUGAACCGGAGAGGGUGUACCCGGUACCGGCCCCCAGCGCCAUGGGGCUGCAGGAGGUGCAAUGUGCGGGCAGCGAGGAUGCUCUGGCGCAGUGCAACCGGUCGGUCACGGCCGUCGCUCCAAGGCAGGCUCUGGUUGUCGUGUGCUCCGGCAGCCGGCGGCUGAGGCUGGCGGGGGGCCCCGAUCGCUGUGCGGGACGUGUGGAGCUCUACGUGAACGGCGCUUGGAGCCCCGUGUGCCAGGACGGGUGGGACAUCCCGGACGCCACCGUCGUGUGCCGGCAGCUCCGCUGCGGGGCAGCGCUGGAGGCCUCCGGCUCCGCUCACUUCGGGCCCGGAGCGGCUCCGCCGUGGACGGGAGCCGGUGGCUGCACCGGAUCCGAAGCUUCCCUUUGGGAUUGCCCAGCCCCCUUGGAGAGCGGCUGCCGGAGGGGCGGUGGGGCCGCUGCUGUGUGCUCCGGUCACCUCUCCCUGCGGCUGACGGGCGGCAGCGGCCGCUGCAGAGGGCACCUGGAGCUGCUCCAUAACGGGACAUGGGGCCGCGUGUGCGCCGACGGCACCAGCCCGGCCACGGCCGCGGCCGCCUGCAGGCAGCUGGGCUGUGGGGACUGGGGCAUCCUCGGCGCUGCCCCUGCCCCACUGCCGGCCCCCGCUUGGCUGGCCUGGGUGCGCUGCCCCGACGGGGCGCGCUCCCUGUGGCUCUGCCCCUCGGCUCCCUGGCGCCUGCAGCCGUGCGCGCCCGGCGGGGACGCGCAUGUGGUGUGUGCUGAGGACGGCGCUGAGGAGGGGGGGGUCACCCCGACCCCGGGGAGCUCGUGCCCGCACGGGGGCGCGUGCACAGUGCCAACGGUGCCAACGGUGCCAACGGUGCCAACGGUGCUGAGCGUGGUGCUGGGGGUGCUGCUGUGCCUGGCGCUGGCUGGGCUGGCUCUGCAGUGGUACCGAGCCUGGGCUGCGAGGCCAGAGCCUGGCAAUGCCGUCGAUGCUGUCUAUGAGCAGCUGGAUUACACCGUGGUGCCGGAGCACCAGCAGGUGCCCAGUCGCCCAGGCUCCCCAACAGAGGGCUCAGAGACGAAGCUGCCCUAUUACACUGCAGGGGAUGUGGAGGAGAGUGACCCCAGCACAGCCCCAGGCCCCCCUGCCCUGCCUGAGGACGGACCCCCCGAUGGCUACGAUGAUGCCGAGGCUGUGCCAGAGGAGCUCCUUGGCACUGGGGACACCCCCGAGGGGGUGGCACUUGUAGGUUGGAGCCGGCCCCCCCCAGGAGGCACAGGGGACCCCCCGGAGCACCCCCCAACGGAUACAGGCUAUGAUGAUGCUGAGGUUGGCACCUUGGGGACAUUCUAUGACUUCGACUGGGGUGCCCACUGGGCCACCGUGGUGUGCCGGCAGCUCGGCUGCGGCACCGCGGCCACGUCGUCCCCGUACGCUCCCUUCGGGCAGGGCACCGGCCGCAUCUGGCUCCACAUCUUCUUCUGCCGCGGCAAAGAGGAGAUGCUGCAGGAUUGUUCCCAUCUCGGAUGGGGCCAACACUACUGCGGCCACCAGUACGACGUGGGGGUGACCUGCACAGACGCGGUGGAGCUGAGGCUGGUGGAAGGCAGCGGUCCCUGUGCCGGGAAGGUGGAGGUGAAGCUCCGGGGACUGUGGGGCGUGGUGGCGGAUGACACAUGGACCAUGGAGGAUGCAGAGGUGAUUUGCCAGCAGCUGGGCUGCGGCUCGGCCACCAAAGCCUACAUUGGGAGCAGCCACGUGGGCAGCGGUGACAGACCCGUCAACAUGGUGAUGGUGAACUGCCGUGGGCAUGAGAAGGCGUUUUGGGAGUGCAAGGUGGGGGACUGGGGGCCCUACAGCGCCAUCCAUUACCUUGACAUCGGCGUCGUCUGCCAAGGGUUCUCCCGGCUGGUCGGUGGUGACGGCAGAUGCUCGGGGCUGCUGGAGGUGCGGCAGGGCCGAGCCUGGACCAGUGUCUGUGAGGAUGCUGUGGACCUGAACGCUGCUCAGGUCGUGUGCCGGGAGCUGGGCUGCGGUUCGGUGCUGGCUGUGGCCGGGCCAGGGCUGUUCCCUAUGGGAUCUGAGCCUCAAUGGGACACGGGAUUCGAGUGCACCGGCACCGAGCUCCUCCUCAGCGCCUGCAAGCGACGGGCACGGAGCACCCAGGGCUGCAGCGCCCAGGCCAGCAUCAUCUGCUCCUCCUACGACGGCUUCCGACUGGUGAACCACAGCUCACACUGCGCUGGGCGGGUGGAGGUGAUGGAGGGGGGGACGUGGGGGUCCCUGUGUGCCAGCGCCUGGGACCUGCCCGAUGCCCACGUCCUCUGCCAUCACCUCGGCUGCGGCUCUGCCAGCUCCGUGCCCCCGGGAGGCUCCUUCGGCAGCGGCAAUGGGACCCUACGGGUGGAUGCCUUCGGAUGCAGCGGCACCGAGCGGGUCCCCAGUGAGUGCCCCGUGGUGGGGCUGGGGGAGCCGAGCUGCCCCCCAGGGCAUGCGGCUGCCGUCGAGUGCUCAGGCGUUACCGACUCCCUGCGGCUGCUGGAGGGUCAGACCCGGUGCGAUGGGCGGCUGGAGGUGACCACGAGCCCCGGCGCUUGGGCCGCUGUGUCCGCGGGGCUGCGGGACCCCCAGACCGGCUCCGUGGCCUGCAGGGAGCUGGGCUGCGGUGAACCGGAGAGGGUGUACCCGGUACCGGCCCCCAGCGCCAUGGGGCUGCAGGAGGUGCAAUGUGCGGGCAGCGAGGAUGCUCUGGCGCAGUGCAACCGGUCGGUCACAGCCGUCGCUCCAAGGCAGGCUCUGGCUGUCGUGUGCUCCGGCAGCCGGCGGCUGAGGCUGGCGGGGGGCCCCGAUCGCUGUGCGGGACGUGUGGAGCUCUACGUGAACGGCGCUUGGAGCCCCGUGUGCCAGGACGGGUGGGACAUCCCGGACGCCACCGUCGUGUGCCGGCAGCUCCGCUGCGGGGCAGCGCUGGAGGCCUCCGGCUCCGCUCGCUUCGGGCCCGGAGCGGCUCCGCCGUGGACGGGAGCCGGUGGCUGCACCGGCUCCGAGGCUUCCCUUUGGGAUUGCCCAGCCCCGUUGGAGAGCGGCUGCCGGAGCGGCGGUGGGGCCGGUGCUGUGUGCUCCGGUCACCUCUCCCUGCGGCUGACGGGCGGCAGCGGCCGCUGCAGAGGGCACCUGGAGCUGCUCCAUAACGGGACAUGGGGCCGCGUGUGCGCCGACGGCACCAGCCCGGCCACGGCCGCGGCCGCCUGCAGGCAGCUGGGCUGUGGGGACGGGGGCAGCCUCGGCGCUGCCCCUGCCCCACUGCCGGCCCCCGCUUGGCUGGCCUGGGUGCGCUGCCCCGACGGGGCGCGCUCCCUGUGGCUCUGCCCCUCGGCUCCCUGGCGCCUGCAGCCGUGCGCGCCCGGCGGGGACGCGCAUGUGGUGUGUGCUGAGGACGGCGCUGAGGAGGGGGGGGGUCACCCCGACCCCGGGGAGCUCGUGCCCGCACGGGGGCGCGUGCACAGAUGUCCCCACUGCCACCCCCCCGCUGGCAGUGCCAACGGUGCCAACGGUGCUGAGCGUGGUGCUGGGGGUGCUGCUGUGCCUGGCGCUGGCUGGGCUGGCUCUGCAGUGGUACCGAGCCUGGGCUGCGAGGCCAGGCUCCCCAACAGAGGGCUCAGAGACGAAGCUGCCCUAUUACACUGCAGGGGACGUGGAGGAGAGUGACCCCAGCACAGCCCCAGGCCCCCCUGCCCUGCCUGAGGACGGACCCCCCGACGGCUACGAUGAUGCUGAGGCUGUGCCAGAGGAGCUCCUUGGCACUGGGGACACCCCCGAGGGGGUGGCACUUGUAGGUUGGAGCCGGCCCCCCCCAGGAGGCACAGGGGACCCCCCGGAGCACCCCCCAACGGAUACAGGCUAUGAUGAUGCUGAGGUUGGCACCUUGGGGACAUUGCUGUGAGGAUGCUGUGGUCACAGCACACGAGGCCAUAGGGACACAAGUGUGGGUGUUGGGGCUCUGACCCCAAGGAUGGGUGGCCCUGGCUAUGGAGGUCACCUCUCCCUGCCCAGGACCACAGCACAACAGCUCCAGUGUCCCUCUGCCAGCAGCACUGCAGGGAUCUGGGCUUAGUUUCACUGUGAAUUCCCAUGGUUUUCCCUAUUAAAGCUCCAAAGGUGGCUGGAGACUCA